AUGGAGACCAGUUUCCAGCGUGUUCUGCUGUCCACACUGCUCCUUUCCACAGUGCUAUUCACUGUAUGUGCACAGGAGGAGGAGGCAGAGGCAGAGGAGCAGGAGGUCACCGAGACAUGGACCAGGAAAGCCUGCAAGUGCGACUGUCAGGGGGUACCCGCCACGGAGUCCACCUCCAUCCUCCCCCCCAGCCCCAGCCCUCCUUCCUCCAGGCUGCUAGACUGCAUGCCAGAGUGCCCCUAUCACAAACCACUUGGUUUUGAGGCUGGAUCUGUCUCCGCUGACCAGAUCAGCUGCUCCAACGAGGACCAGUACACAGGCUGGUACUCCUCCUGGAUGUCUAGCAAGGCCAGACUCAACAACCAAGGCUUUGGGUGUGCGUGGCUGUCUAAGUUCCAGGACACCAGCCAGUGGAUUCAGAUUGACCUGAAGGAGGUAAAGGUGAUUUCGGGCAUCUUGACCCAGGGCCGCUGUGAUGCGGAGGAGUGGGUCACCAAGUACAGUGUGCAAUACCGCACAUAUGAGCACCUCAACUGGAUCUACUACAAAGACCAGACUGGCAACAACAGGGUGUUCUAUGGGAACUCGGACCGCUCCUCGUCAGUGCAGAACCUGCUCCGCCCCCCCAUCGUUGCUCGCUACAUUCGGCUGCUCCCGCUGGGCUGGCACACACGCAUCGCCAUUCGCAUGGAGCUGCUACUCUGCAUGAACAAGUGCACCUGAGCAACCGCUCCCUGCCCUGCCCUGCUCUCCUCACAACCCCACACCUGCCAAAGUGGUCCCCUCGUAGAGCCCCACAAACGUCCACACCUCCCAGACCUCCCGUAGUGGCAAGAGGCGCGACUGUCUGCUUUCCUUUUCAGCAUGGAAAGAGCAGAGCAGCAAGUGGUGUGGCACU